AUAUCGCUCUCUACGAAACAAAAAAAAGAUUCGCCGCUUCGCUUCUAUUUAUACAUGUAUUUGUGUGUUCGUGUUCCUGUCUAUGUACGUGUGUAUUGUGUCCGGGUUCACUUGCCGUGCCGCCCCAAGAUCAUCAUUAACGGAACCAAUUCGUAAUUGCGAGCUUACAAAUUUUUAAGUGUGACCGCUUACCCACAUUUGGAGCAAUCUAUUGAGAGAUAUAACUGGGCGCUAUGCACAGCCCAUCAAGCAAAUAAGUGAACGAAAUUAAAUUUAAAGCCCAUAAAAAAAAUUAGGGCUUUCCAAAGUGCUAAGCCAAAGAGACAACACGGCAAAGAACACAAGUGACCCCAUUUGCAAAUCUAUGAAUUUUGUAAGCCAAAGAACUACGAACAUUGAGGUUUUAAUGCUACCAAAUAGAUAGCAAUUCGUGCAGUCAACAAUAUAAUAAAAGCCAACCAACUAGUAGCAGCAAAAAAGUGUAGCUCUAAGCUAAAUUAAGUGCCGCAAUACAAAAACAAACAAAAAAUACAUACAACAAUUUAAAUAAAGAAAGCUCGGUUUCUUUAAAGAAAAAAUUCCAAUUCAAAAAUGGCUCAAUAUUUUAUGACAUUCAUGCUGCUGCUCUGCUUGGCCCUGGAGAAUGAUAAUAUCUAUAAUCGUCUGCACGCCCGUUCGCAUCCCAGUGCCCGCGAGGACUCCGAGGGAGUAGGCGUCCAUUUGAUGCGCCAGCAUCAGCAAUAUCAGCAACUGCAGCGGGCGCAUCAUCAUGCCUCGAAACUGCAGACGCCUCCACAACAGCAGCACCACACCAAGCAUCAGCGCACCCGCCAGCCCAAGCACAUGGCGCCCGAUCCCAAUGAGGAGGAGGAUGCAGCUGCCAUUCAACUGAGUCGCUACUAUGCCCGUCUGCGUCGACAUUUGAGGCACCAGCGCGAGCACGAGUUGCAGCAACAACGCAGCUACCAUCGUAGCGGCAGCAGCAGGCGUCCCGUCUUUGAGGAACUCAAGUCCGUUCCGCGCCUCUGGCAGCACUUGAGUGAUGUCUACUACGACGACGAGCAGGAGGACACAAUGAAUCAGAGGCUGUCGAGCGCUGAGCAGGACUAUUCCGUCAUGGUCAACGAUGCACCGGAAACGGAUACGCAACAGAAAUCAGAGGCUUCGGUCGACGAACUAGACGAACUAGCUUAUGUCAAAAAUCAACUGAUGCAAAGCAGUUUCGAUGCAGAGCUGCCACCAGCAGAGCCUGAAGCCGCUGAGGUAUCUGAGGUAUCUGAGGAGCCCAGCCCGCUGCCAAUUCUGAAUGCCACAAUACCUAAUAGUAUGACAAAUAGUACCAAUAAGACCACUGGCGGCUGUCCAAAGUGUGAGAGCAAUCGCCAGGUCGAGCAUAUUACGGAGGAGGAAUUGACGCGUCUACGCAUCGAAUUCGUGAAACAACAAAUUCUGGAAAAGUUACGCCUCAAGGAGAGUCCCAACGUAUCGGCAGUGGAGCUGCCAAAGCCCAUUUUCGAGGGCGUUACACUCACACGUGCGGACGAGGGGGUCAAGAGCAAGGAUCUGGAUGAUUAUUACGCCAAGACCAACAAGAAGUUUAUCUUUCUCAAGCGUGAACACCACGAGUGCAAUCGCUUGAACGCGCAUCCUUCCAUGUGCUUCUCCUUCAAGAUCGAUGAUGCCGAUGCGGAUGGCUUCGAUGUAAGCACCGCUGUCCUGUGGCUGUUCAAGAACAAACGGAAUGCCACCAAGCAACAAAAUGAGACGCUCUCGAUGCCGCAGCAAACCAUUGUGGUCUCGGAGGUGGAGCAGCAGUUGGACAACAAAUAUUUGCCAUUGGCCAAGACCAUAGCCAUACAGACGGUGGAUGUGCAAGAUGAAUGGAUGAAAAUAGAUAUUGAGUGGCCCAUCAAACGUUGGUUUGGCAAUCACGAUUUAAGUCACAUCGUGCAAAUUACCUGCGAGUCCUGCGAUAUUGAAUCCAUGGAGGAGAUAAUAUCGGUCGAUAAGGACUACAGGCCAUUCAUAAUGAUUGAUACGCAAAAUCGGCGCACGAAAUCGCGUCAGAAGCGCAGCAUUAACUGUGCCGAUGGUGUGACGGAGUGCUGUCGGGAGAAACUGUAUAUCUCCUUUGCGGACAUUGGUUGGAGUAACUGGAUACUCCAGCCAGCUGGCUAUGAUGCCUACUUCUGUCGCGGUUCCUGCAGCUCUGUGGCAAGCGUGACGCAAGCAGCCUCACAUCACAGUUCCCUGCUGAAAAUUUUAUCGGCAAGUGGGACGCGGAAGCCCCUGGAACUAGUUCCCUGCUGUACUGCCAAACAGUAUUCCUCCCUCCAGUUGGUUGUGUUGGACUCAAACAAUUCGGCAACCCUGAAAACAUUGCCAAACAUGGUCGUGGAGUCGUGUGGUUGCAGAUAAAACUACGCCAGGCUACAACUCUAUUAUAUAGUGCUAUUUAUAAAAACACACACAUGAACACACAUGAACACACCUACACACAAACACACACAUACAUGAGCACAUAUCGAACAAAUUAGGCAUAGCAGUAGAUAGAGUUCAAAUCAGUUCCACAUCUUUCGUCUCUCCUUCAAUUAAUUUAAAAGAAAACAAAAACACAAACACAAACACAUUGCAUUGCAUUGGCAUUCACAUUAGCGUUAUGUAUGUAUGUAAUUGAACUCGUAUUUUCGUCUUUAUGGUAAUUAUUAGUUAAUAAUAUUUUGUUUAAUAUACGCUGCCAUUAGUUGUAGUUGCAAUUAGGUUCGUUUAGCCUUAGUUUAAGUCGAUGUACUUAAGCGCUUGAAGCAUUAGCAUAUGGCAAUUAAUCGUAGUUAGCCAAUAAUCACAAUACUUACUACUUACCAUCUACACGUAUAGGAAAGCUAAUUUAAAUGCAUUAAGCUAAUUAUUUAUAAACAUAACUGCGUAGUGUUUUUUGUAU